AUGGUCGAGCGCCGCGGCCUCAGCGCUGCGACGACGGCCCCAGGCCCUUUCCACAGCCUCUAGAGGCUUCACUGCACUCUCAAGACCCAUAUCCUCCAUCGCUGGGGCUUCUUAUGCAGCUGCAAGCGCCGACAACAGCAAGAAGCACGUGGUCGUGGGGAUGUCCGGCGGCGUGGACUCGUCUGUGGCCGCGUUGCUGCUCAAGCGCCAAGGGUACCGAGUAACGGGCGUCUACAUGAAGAACUGGGACCCCAGCGACGAAGAAGGCGAGUCCGCGUGCCCCGUGGACGCAGAGUACCUGGACGUGCAGAAGGUCUGCGAGCAGCUCGGCAUCGAGGCGCAAAUGGUCAACUUGGUGCAGUCGUAUUGGAACCAGGUGUUCGCGCCCUGUCUGGAGGGGUACGAGGAAGGGCUGACGCCCAACCCAGACAUCCUCUGCAACCGCGAGAUCAAGUUCAAGGCGUUCACGGAAUACGCCAAGAAGAUCGGCGCGGACUACGUGGCGACCGGUCAUUAUGCUGCGUUGCGACCUGCUAAAGAAGGCGGACCUCCGAACCUCUGCGCGGCGAAGGAUGAGACGAAAGACCAGAGCUAUUUCCUGUCGAGCGUGGACGGACGAGCGUUCGUGAACGUGCUGUUCCCGCUGGGCGACAUGUGCAAGACGGAGGUGCGACGCAUUGCAGCGAGCGAGGGUCUGUGCACUGCGGCCAAGAAGGACUCGGUGGGCAUCUGCUUCAUUGGCAAGCGGAACUUCGCGGACUUCAUCCACCAGUACAUCCAGCGUCAGGACGGGUACUUUUACUCGGUGGAUGGUGAGAAGAUGCACAGGCACCACGGUUUCACUGCGUACACAGUGGGCCAAGGCGCUCGACUUCAAGGUAUGAGCGCCAAGUGGUUCGUUGUGGGCAAGCGCAAGCCCGACCACUCGGUGAUCGUGGCCGAGGGCACUCGAAGCCCAGCUCUGUUCUCAGACGCGCUCUACGCUUCUGCUGCGCAGUUCAACUGGAUGGCGGGCGAUCUGCCCCAAGAGCUCCGUGAGACCGGAAGGAUGCGCUGCUUCUACCGUGUACGCUACCGUCAAGAUUUGGACGAGUGCACACUUUCGCUCGUGUCAAACCGCGAGGCUCGAGCAGGUGCGAGCAAGCUCCACGACUGGCAGCCGGAGCCACUGGCCAGUGAUGAGGAUGUUGCAGGUAAAGAGCGCGAAGAGAGAAGCUACUUGCAGGUUGAGUUCGACCGUCCCCAGCGCGGUGUCACGCCUGAGCAGGCACUUGUGUUGUAUCGUGCUGAUGGGCUUUGCUACGGCGGUGGACCCAUCGCAGCGGCUGGCAAGACCUACUACGAGCAACAGAAGCCUUUGGCAGAUAGCGUGCAUGACUGGCAUCGACAAGGAUAG